AUGUUGAGUGAAGUGGUACAUGUUCAGGUCGAUGUUAACGAUUAUCAAACACGAAAAUCAGGUUCGAGCAAGUGGCUGGUAGCAACCCAAGUGGGAUCCCAGUCGGACGAAGUAAGAAGACUAGCGAAAGAAUUGAAAGCGUUCCCUUGGGUUGGGGUGGCACUAGAAACAAGUGCCAGUAGCAGUGGCGGGCGUGUGUAUUGUGUUCUGCCAAUGCCUCUUGAGGUAACAUGUAACUUACCGGUACAUGUCAAUGGUACAUUUAGCCUCAAUGACGAACGGCGAGAGCUAAAAUGGCAAACUAUUGAGCGACGAAACGAUCCAUCAGCUCAGUGGAACCAUUUGCUAGUCAGAGAGCUCCUGCCUCCCUGCUAUGCCAUGCUGCUUCUAGCCCACGCUAAGAUUCUUUUAGAGCCUGAUCAGUUCUGCCAAGCCUGGCCUGAUACCAGUAAGGUGACUGGAACACCCUGGCAAGAAAUACUCAAACCUCUCCUGAAAACCCUCUUUUCCAGUGAGGUCAUUCCUUUCUCAAAACCAGGGGGAUUCCCUACGUGGAUUAAGGUCAGUUCAGCAGUCUUUGUUCCCAGAGGAGUAACGCUACAAGAAGCAGUAAAAACUGCCCUUGUAGCCUGUGGAGUGAAGCUGGUAGCCAUAAAAGAUAGAAUUUGGAAUGCUUUGAUGUUCUCCAACGUUGCAUAUGUGACCGUUUCACCUUCUCUGGCUAGAGCUGAGUUGCGAAAGACACCAAGUAGUUACACUGGGUUAUCGAGGCAGCAGAAACUAGAGUUGCUUCGAUACUGUCUCUCAGACAACCAAUACGGAGACAUGCAAAACCUAGCACUGUUGCCACUUGCUAAUGGAACCUUUACGUUGUACCUUUUCGGGACAUACCGUAACAGUGCAGUCUACCUAUGCACAGCACAGUGCCCAAGGCACCUUCUCCCAUCUCUCGAAGGAGAAUUAGUGGAUGAUAGUAUUGACCCCCACAUUUAUGCAAAGUUGAAUGCCAUAGCCAGUGGAGUGUACAAUAGUAACCUUCAUGUCCUCACUGUACACAGUGUGGCCAGUUUACUUGCAAGAGUUCUGCCAAACCAGAACAAGAUUUGUCUGCCUUACUCAAAGUUUGAUAUGCAGUGGUUGGAGCGACUGUGGUAUUGGAUACCUGGGAAAGCUUGCAUCUGUUUCAAAACCUGCCGCUAG